GUUACUAGUGAUAUGAUACUGGCCCUAGAAGCUUCUGAAAUUUGAUCCUUACGAUUAGGGUUUCUAGGGUUUACUAAAAUCCCUAAAAACACAUAAACAACACUACCUCGAUCCUUAAUCGUUUCUACAGAUUAUACAUACAACAAAUGGUUCGUUCGAACGCCAUUAAACUCUUCUCUUCCAUUGCUCGCCGCUCUCUCUCCAACGAUUCCUUGUAUGAAUCGCUGGUGAGAGGAGGUUAUAGGAAGUUUGGGUCGUCAAUUCACGGACAUAAUAAGGUUCUUAAUGGUCAUAACUGUAGAGAUGUGGCCAAUUCGAGAUAUGUGUCACAUGUUGGGAGAGUUAAUGGAUGUUAUGGGAGCAGUAGAUUGAUUCAUGGAACUUCAUUCAUGGCUGCGAAAGAUUAUUACGAUACGCUUGGAGUUAGUAAGAACGCAACCGCAUCAGAAAUAAAAAAAGCCUAUUAUGGGCUAGCCAAGAAGUGGCACCCAGAUGCAAAUAAAGACGAUCCAGAAGCAGAAAAAAAGUUUCGGGAAGCUUCAAAGGCAUAUGAGGUUCUGAAAGAUGAAGAAAAACGAGCUCAAUAUGAUCAGCUUGGUCAUGACACUUUUGAAGCAAGUGCUAGUGGAGCUGGUCCCGAUCCUGGUCAAUGGCGCAAUCCAUUUCAGGACCUCAAUGAUAUUUUCGGUUUUGGGCCGUUUGCUAGGCAAUUUACCGGCAAGGAUGCUAAGGUCGCCCUUGAACUUUCGUUUAUGGAGGCUGUUCAGGGAUGUACAAAAAAUAUAGUCUUCCAGACCGAGUUGCCUUGCGAAACUUGUGGUGGAACUGGUGUUCCUCCUGGAACGAAGCCAGAGACCUGUAGGCGGUGUAAAGGAGCAGGCAUGACAUUCAGUCAAACUGGUCCAUUUAGAAUCCAGGUCACUUGCACUCAGUGCGGUGGAAGUGGUAGAUAUGUCAAGAGCUUAUGCAAGUCAUGCAAUGGCCAGAGGGUGGUGAGAGGACCCAAGUCUGUGAAAGUUAAUAUAAUGCCAGGAGUGGAUACCGAUGAAGAAUUAAGGAUGCCUAGAAGUGGUGGAGCAGAUCCAGAUGGCAACCAGCCUGGUGAUCUUUUUGUUGUUAUUAAGGUACGAGAAGACCCCAUAUUUCGACGAGAGGGAUCAAACAUUCAUGUGGAUGCCGUUUUGAAUAUCACUCAGGCUAUUUUGGGAGGAACUAUUCAGGUCCCGACAUUGACGGGAGAUGUUGUUCUUAAGGUUCGUCCAGGAACCCAACCUGGUCAAAAAGUCGUUUUAAAGGGGAAAGGUAUUAAAACCAGAAAUUCUUACUCGUAUGGAGAUCAAUAUGUGCACUUCAACGUCAGCAUGCCAACGAACUUAACUGAAAGACAACGUGAAUUGAUCGAGGAGUUUGCUAAAGAAGAACAAAAUGAAGAUGAGAAAGGCGCUGCAGCUGGAGCAUCUAGUUAAAUACUGCCGCAAUGGAGGAUACACGGGAAACGUAGCUAUAAAAGGAAACUGAGAUUUUUUUUCAGGUAUUUCAGUUAUAAUAGAUGAAUGCGGGGUUCAAAGUUUUGAUGGUAAAUCGAUGCCGUUUAAGCAUUUAGUUUAUUUAUAGGUGUAUGGCAUGCAAAAAGGACAUAAAGUGUACCCUACAACGUGACUUGAAUGUUUAGAAGGGUAAUACUGUCUAUUCAUUUUGUAGUUAACAGGCUGCUCUUAGUGUAAAAUAAGAAGCCAUUUGAAAACGACAUAGAAGUGUACCAGGUGACCACUUGAAUGACAUAAAUGGUUUGCUUCAGUGGUUUUGGGGGUUUUGUUUUGUUUUGUUUUUUUUUUUUCAACAAUAUCAGUUUGUAUCAACUCCAUAAUUUGAGAGAAGUAUUUAUAGGAGAACUUAGCUGUGUUGGUUUGGUUUA